UCUAUCUAUCAUAACACAUACAUCUUUAAAACUUGCAGGUUUAAAAUUUUCUUCAUCCAUGGCAACAAACAUACAACUUAGGUCCGAACCGUUGAACGGUGAACUUUUAUGGUUACAAGGCCAACAUAGACAUCGUUCAUAUGCAAUCUUCAACGAUGUCCCGGGUUCAGACGUGCCACUUAAAGCAAGACGGUCUGAUAAAAAGCUUUGGGAUCACAUCAAAGGUCUACCUGGGAAACAAAUUAACGCGAAUGUUUUCCGGUAUAUUAGAGAAGCGGGUUUUGCGGGUGUAUUCAAGACCGGGUUCCACCAUCUGGAUCAUGGUCUUGUUACAGCAUUAGUGGAAAGGUGGCGUCCAGAGACACACACAUUCCACCUUCCAGUGGGUGAAGCCACGAUAACCUUGCAAGAUGUGCAAGUUUUGUGGGGUUUACCAAUAGAUGGACCCGCUAUAUGCGGUUUGUGGGAAUCGUUGGAUACCUAUCAAUGGAUGUCUUACUGCCAACAAUGGUUGGGGUUUUGUCCAGAUGAUACAGAAAUAAAAAGUGGUAAAAUUAAAAUAACCGCUUUAAUACGACAAUUGGAAGUCGACUUGGAAGAGGACCAAGAGGCUUAUGAAAAAAGGGCCAGAGUAUAUAUUCUUGCCCUGUUAGGUGGUCAUUUAUUUGUUGAUUCUGGUCAGAAUGAAGUGUCGUUAAACUUCAUUCAAAAUAUAGAAGACCUUAGCACACAAGGACGAAAAAGUUGGGGCAGCGCAGUUCUUGCAUAUUUGUACAGAAACUUGUGUUCUAUAGCUGAAAAACCUGAUGGUAAAGGUAUACAGGGUGCUUUGGUGUUGCUACAAUACUGGGCAUGGGAGAGAAUGCCACACAUUGCCCCAACCAUUAAAAAUGGAGAUACAUAUAAUUAUGAGGAUUGCUAUGCUUGCAGGUGGAAUUAUACUAUGAGUUUCCUUAACGCCCCUUCUCAUGUGGUAAUUACUUUCCGAGCAGCAUUUACGGCAUUGAAGAAUGGACAGUUCCGGUGGACCCCUUACGAUGAAUUUAUACAUCUACUCCCUGAAGACUGUAGAGACGGUAGGCAAAUAUGGGCAUACUCUGGUUGGUUAAUCUUUUGGAGUACUGUAGAACCACAUCUUGCGCAUCGGGUUACAAGACAAUUUGGUUGGGUACAAACUAUUCCAAGAGACUUUUUGUUGUUAACACCUCAACAACAUAGAGAACUUCAUGAUAUCACACGAAUCGGAAGAACUAACACUAAUUGGGGUGACGUACAUGCAUUGUACAUUGCCGUUUGGAACCGACGACACCAAAUGAUCUCUCCCGGAACCGAAGGAGUUAUGACCACUCCUGACUACAUGAAAUGGUACUAUCCACGAACAGUUUUGUUUAUCACAAAUCCAGGUCUACCAGGGCGUGCCAACCAGUAUCCUGAUUGGGGUGCUACCCAACAGUUUUAUGUUGAAGGGAUGAGAGAAAUACACAAUAGGGCUCAACAAACAAGUCAAAGAUACCCGAGUAGUAACCCAUUAAUGCAGGAAUUUAUGAUGAUGUCUGAGCAUAUCAUGAGUUUUGGUCAAAACCAAGACCGUAUUAGUUAUGGUUCCCAAAAUUUUCAGUUUCCUCCAUCUGCUUACCAUCCAACCCUCAUCCAGUUUUUUCCACCCCCGCCACCUCAACUAUGAAUUACGGGGCUCGUUUAUCAUCCUUUAAUUUGUUCAAGAUAUAUACCAAUGCGUUUGCACCUGUAUCUCAAUCACAGGUUUCGGUUUUCCAACCAUCAACCGGCCUUCUGUACAUAGAUGUCCGUGUGACACAAGGAUAAGACUGCUGUUUUCAUGAGAAAGUAAAGGUUCGGGUGACCAAGCAUUAUGAGGAGCAUCUAAGGAGAAGAAUCUCACAUAAAUGUGAUAGUCUCACAUUUGACUACAUGUGUAUUUCAAUAUGUUUGUUGUGAUAAGUAUAAUCCGUUGGAUUCAUUGUUCUAUAUAUGUAUUCGUCAUUAGAGACUUUUAUUAUGAGUUGAAUGUUUAAAUUUUGGAAUGGCUCUGUAAAUUCAAAACAGUGAUGUAAUGCAAGUAGCUUUUUAUAA